AUGGCCAGCAAGAGACUUCUUCACCAUGUCACCUCCUUUUCCGAGCUCGAGCCCAUCUCGUUCUUCUUCGACGAUCCCCAGUGGAAAAGACUUCUCGCCUUCAUCCUCAAACGGACUGCUCUCAACUCCAUUGACGUUAAGUUCACUUCCUUGGAGGACCUCGAGACCCUCAGCCAGUUCAUGGCAUCCUCGUCGGGAUCCCUCGCAAGCCUGUGCCUUAGGCCUGUCGAUUCAAUUGCGCGGCGGCCUAUCCAGUGCAAACUGAUUGAUCUCCACGCCCUCCAGGGAUUUCAGCAGCUGCAGCGGCUGAAGCUAGGCCGUGGAAGGUGGGAACUACGCAGUGCGAAUGCGGCAUGGUUCACGGCACUAAGGUGCUUGACCAUCGAGCAUGCGGGCUGCUAUGAGAACGACUACGACUUUCUGUCAUCCAUCUCACCGCAGCUGCAUGAGUUCUCUCUUUCCUCCUUCAGCUCUACGUUUUGCAGCCUCCGACUUGAGUUCUCCGUUGCUCGAGUUAUCAAAGUCAGUUGUGAGCAGAGCAUCCUUGCUGCAUUCUUCUCCGUCCCUGCCACUCUGAAGAUACUAACUAUCAAGGCAGAGGAGCUGGGAGUCCACUGCAAGGGCUCCAGUCCCCUUUCUCUCGACUCUCUUACCCUUGUUGGCCGCAAACAGCUUGUCGUUUAUUCCCUUCCACCACUGGCCUCUGUCAAAACAGUCUUCUUGAAUGGGCCUCACGUUCCGGAAUUUACAGAUCGGGAUGCAGUUUCCGCAACACAGCUACUUAGCACAUUCGCGCCGACAGUGAAAACGCUUACAGUGAGGCAUGGCUGGCCUCUGGAGGACGUGGAUGCAGAGUGGAGCCGCCUGCGCUGCCUUGGGAUUGGUGCGGAAGGCAGGGGAAGUGGUGGGGUGAGGAGAGCUGCUACUGUGGAGGAGAAAGCGAGGAGCAGAAAUGAGCUUGAGGCGAUAAAGCUGUCCUUCAUUCUUGCUCCAAAGCUGGAAUGUAUCUUCUUUGCCACUCGACAGUGGCAGAUCAAGACGCUGGCUUCUCUGCCCAUAAAUUUCCCCUCCCUCAAAUUUUACCGCAUUGUUGGUCGGUCCUUUCACUGGAAAGGGGAGGGGGAGAGGCGGAACAACAAGCCAGUUGUACAGAUGAGGCCAGAUUAUGCUGCAUGCGCCAUGAAGGCGGAGGAUAUGAAGGAGGAUGAUCGAAUGAUGAUGGUCCUUCAAACUCUUUGA